CAAAGCUUUGCGGAAAAGCCUUCGCGAACAGUCGCUCGCCAUCUUCAGAAAUUCUAACUCUGGCAUCUUUUUGGAUUCGCCUCUUCGUAGAGACUUGAACGACUUUAUAUACUAUUUUCUUAACAAUAAUAAUGGGAGUUAGCCUAGCCUGGGGAUGACAAAAAUUCAGAUACUAAGAAUAUUUUUUAUGUUUUAAAUUUGAAAGAACGUAUUAGGUGGAAUGAGAAAAAGAACAAAGAUGGUUCUUUGGGUGUAUCACUGUUUUUCUAAUGUCUGCUGUGGUCGAGAUUUGCUGGUUCUCAUCUACAUCUUCAGCCUGUUCGUCACUAUUUCAACUACAGGGACACUGAAUAUCCAGCCAUUUCAGUUUCCCACAAACCCAACCGAACGGACCAACAUUCAAGUAAUGUGUGGGUUAGAACGGGGGGACUUGCCAGUGAACUUCCAGUGGUUAAAAAACGACAUCGUGAUCACCAAAGGAAGUGUUUAUGAUAUCUUGUCAUCUUCAAGUGUUUCUGUUUUAACUGUUAAAAACGUGACAGUGAAAAGUUCGGGAAAUUAUACGUGUAGUGCUCGAAGUCCAAGCGGAGUAGAUCUUUUCACAGCCGAGUUACUGGUUAGGGGUAAGUAAAAGUAGUGUUGAAUAUGAAACUAGUAUUCGUAAGGUUGUUUUUUGUGCUUUUUUAAUCUUGUG